AUGGAUAACUGUGCUGAGAUUGAUCUUUAUGAUAAUAUAGAAGAAGAUUUUGUUCAAGAAACAAACGAAUCAAGUGAACUGUACGAUGAUAUAGCUCCGCCUGCUCCAAAAGUCGAAAGCACUAAAUCCGAAACAAAAUGGACGACUGAUGUCGAUAUUACUGAAGCUUUUAAUGGCAUUGGGAUUCGUGAUAUUCUCGAAAUCAAAUUCCAUGAAAACCGUACAAAUGGACAAUCGAAGGGGUUUUGCAUCGUGGUUUUUAGUUCUGAAGCCUCGGUCAAGUUGGGAAUGGAUAAAAUUAAAACUAUUCAAAUACAUGGCAAUACUCCCGUACUGACACUUUGCACUAAGCAAGCUUUAGCCCAAUUUGAAAAGAAUGCGUGCACAGAUACUGCAUUUUCCAAUUCCACAGGUACCGGUCUUCUUGGAGCGUCCUCCAACAUUCGCUCUGCUUCUAGUAAUGGGCGUCUACCUCCACCAUUAAUGAGUACACCAGCACUUGCUCCAGCUCAACUUGGAUUUAGCGUGAACAGAAGCUCGUCCCUUAUGGGAAGAGCUACAUCUAAUCGUGAUGCAUUACUUCAUUUAAAUAUUCCUAACAUUCCUCCAGGUAUUCAAAACUUACUUAUGCCUGGGUUUAAUAUGCCUCCAUCCUUAUCAAACAGCGGUACUGGUCUUAUACAAAAUCCUAAUAUCCUUCCGGGUGCAACUGGAUCGAAUGCCCACAUUAAUCCCAAUUUCCUUAAUCAGACCCCUAACCAGGUCCUUCAAGUUCAACUUGGGAGUGGAAUGAUGCGAUCUGAUCAGUUUAGUAAUUCCAUUAUGCAGAAUUAUCAUUCUACCCAAUCCUCAAACAUAAGCGAUGUUGAAUUUGAGACAAUAAUGGAAAAGAAUAGGACUGUUGCGUCUACAGCGAUCAACCGAGCACUUCAAGAUACCGCUGUCGGGAACCAUUCUAGAGCUAUUGAGACCCUUGUUACCGCCAUAGCACUUAUUGGUCAAUCUAAGAUCGCUAAUGACGACCGCUGUAAGAUGCUGAUCAAUUCUCUUAAGGAUACCAAGCACAGCAUUGAGGACCAAUCUUAUUCCUCAAAGAGUCGUGGAAGUAGACAUCGACGAAGAUCCUACAGUCGAAGUGGUAGUGAAGGCGAUUAUGGCGAGGAUGAAGACUACAGAGGUGGAAGUAGCCGAAGACGCCACCGAAGAUCACGACCAAGAUCUCGUUCACGCACACCGCGUGGAAGAGACAGUGACAGACAUCGUCAUUCAUCCAGCAACAAUGGUGGCAGCGGCGGCGGUGAUCGUGACUACUACAAUAGUGGCAAAAAACUUGCCGCAUUUUUUCUAUGUAAAAGUGUGUUAUGUGUGUUUACUACUUGCACUAAUUCUCUCCCUCAGCGCUCCGUUGUAUCUUAUCGACAUCAAGUUUCUCCUGCUCCUAACUUCCGAUCGCAACCAUCGCCUCUUGUGUACUGCAUUUUCGAGAUAAUAAAGUUCGUAGAAAGUAAUAAGUCUUGCCUUCUUUCUUCAAACAAUUUGCUUGCUAGAUAA